AUGGAUGUCCCACCCCAACCUCUUGAUCCAAAGCUGUUCUGUUAUCCAGAGACGAAUGCCUCUUGCACCAGAGAAAUCUUAAAUGAAGGAGCUCAAAUUGCAUUAUACCUUCUUUUUGUUUUAGGUAUUCUGGUUACCAUCCUCGGUAAUGGUGUGGUCAUUAUCUCAAUUGCUCACAUAAAACAGCUACACACGCCCACUAACAUGUUGAUAAUGUCUCUGGCACUCGCAGACCUGCUGAUCGGUGUGACUGUAAUGCCGUUCAGUAGCAUUAGGGCUGUGGAGGGCUGCUGGUACUUCGGGGAGGUUUUUUGUUUGCUGCAUUCCAGUUUUGAUAUGUUUCUCACUUCAGUUUCAAUUUUUCACCUGGUAUUCAUAGCCAUAGAUCGUUAUUUGGCUGUCUGCAAUCCACUUCGCUAUACCACUAAUAUAACUUUACCAACUGCAUGGCUGAUGGUUCUCGGCAGUUGGUGCUUAUCUGCACUGUACUCAUAUGGCCUACUAUAUUCGAAAGCACAUGUCAGAGGACAGGAUGAAUCCAUUGCAUCUGUAUAUUGCCUGGGAAGUUGUGAUCUUUUCUUCAAUGCACUGUGGGGCGCCCUAGACACAUUAAUAGCCUUUUUCUUUCCAUGCUCUGUCAUGGUGGGUUUGUAUACAAAAAUAUUUUUUGUGGCAAAAGAACAUGUGAGAAAGAUUGAAGACCGGCAAAAAAAAUUGGUGGGUGGAGGCGUUGUUUCUAAACGGUCAGAACGAAAAGCAGCAAAAACGUUAGGUAUCGUGGUGGGUGUUUUCAUAUUUUGCUGGUUGCCGUUCUUUGUUAAUUCCAUAGUCGAUCCAUACACGAACUUCAGCCACAAUGAUUUCACACCUGACACUGUCUUUGAAAUGUUUCUCUGGCUGGGUUACUUUAAUUCUACUGUAAAUCCAAUAAUAUAUGCACUGUUUUAUCCCUGGUUUCGAAAAUGUCUUAAUGUCAUUGUCACUUUGAAAAUAUUCAAUAAGAAUUCAUCGUAUAUAAAUGUAUUUGCUGCCACAUGA